ACGACGGCGCUACAGUUUCUUUGAUGAUUCGAUUCGUUUCCCUCUCUGGCUACUUUCCCUCUGUGGCUGCUUUACCCAUAUUCACUCUAAGAAUUCCCCGAACGAAGCCAGUAGAUCGUUGAUUUUUCAAGCGUUUUGUUGGCGACCUCUUUAUCUUGAUCUGAAAGUCUUGGAGAAUCGAAGAAAGAUAAGCGAUCGAGUCGGAGAAAUCCCAUCGGUUGAAGGAUCAGAGAGUAGAGAUGGAAGGGACCGUGUUCACUGCCUCAUUGGAAGGAAUCAAGCAUGUCAAGUCUGAGAAUGGAGUAAUUCUAACAAAACCUUUCCUUGAAGUGUGCAAGCACAUCCUGCCAGUUUUAGACAAGUUUGGAACAGCCAUGUCACUUGUCAAAUCUGAUAUAGGGGGUAACAUAACGAGGCUUGAAACCAAGUAUAAUUCUGAUACAUCAAAGUUUGAACAUCUAUACAGCAUGGUGCAAAUUGAAAUUGAAGCUAAAACGACUAAAGGUUCUUCAAGCUGUACCAACGGGCUUCUAUGGUUAACAAGGGCAAUGGACUUUCUGGUGGAAAUAUUCAGUAACAUGCUAGAGCAUCCAGGCUGGAGUAUGUCACAAGUUUGUACUGAUUCCUACAGCACAACCUUAAAAAAAUGGCAUGGCUGGCUUGCCAGUUCUAGUUUCACGGUUGCUAUGAAACUUGCUCCUGAUAGGAAGAAAUUUAUGGACGUUAUUGGUGGAUCAGGUGAUGUCAGUGCUGAUAUGGAAAAAUUUUGCACAACCUUUGCCCCACUCCUAGCAGAGAACCACAAGUUCCUCGCCAGUGUUGGUCUUGAUGAUAUGAAGGCAUCUUGAUGCAAGGACCAAGGUUGCUCGCUUCUCAUGAUUCCAACUUGAUUGCCAAUUUCAUUUGAAUAUCAUCAUGAUGAAGGAAACUAACUGCAACUGCAUUGGACGAGAAAUAAAAGUUAGUUAUCCUUCUAAUAUCGUGUUCCAUCAUCGACUUUAGAUGUCAAGAACAAUGUCGCAAAUAGCCCUUUGAUGUCAAAUUUGCAUAUGCUUGACAAGUACCAUUCUGAUCUGAUCUUUAAGUUAUUCUUGUUAUUGGAACUGUCUGAAUGUAUCUUGCCUAUAUUUAGUCUGAAAAUUAAGAGAUCAGAAUGGGUCAAUUAAAACUA